AGACCGCCGUGUAACCGAUUGCUCAUGACUGACUUGUGAUUCUUCAGACCUCGAUAGCACGAUUAACACUCGACCUUGUUUCACCUGCGCAACCUGUUUUCUUCCCCCCCCCCUCUCGAAAUCCUAAAAGCAGAUACUCUCGUCUGCUAGACCCGAUACUUUGAACGGUAUCGGAAUCUUCCAGAACGGGAGUCGACACCUGAUAGUCACCAUUCCCUUCGCCAGAGGCUUUUUCCUCCUUUCCCUCUCCUUCCGCCCUCCCUAGUAGCCCUCGAGGCUCUUUUGGAACCUUCCCCUCUCCGGCUGAGCGCCAAUUCCGCCCUUGCGAUUCAGGGCCUACUCUCUCAGACGGACAUAGCCCCCCUGUUCGUCUGGGCAGCAGAUAGUGCUUCCUAGGCUCUUCUGUCUACGGUCCACACUUCCAGUCACACGCUUGCUCCAUCACUUGCUCCGCCGCCGUCUCUUCUAUCCCUGUCGCAUUCAGAUUCCGCCAAGAUGGUUUACAUCGGGAUCCCCAAGAACUACACCCAGUCGCCGUCCUCUUUCAUGGGGACGCCGUCGCUGACGAUCAACCAUGAAGCGACCCAGGAUCUUGACUCCACCAAUGCUUUCGAAGGACCCGAGAAGCUCCUUGAGGUCUGGUUUGCGCCUUCCGCCCAAGAGCUGGGAUCUGCUGGUCCCGCCGGCCUGAAGGCCGUGCCAGAGGAAAUCUGGAAGGAUAUGCUGGAUCUCGUCAACUGUCAAGUGCUCUCCAUUGUGUCGUCCGAGGAUGUGGACGCCUACCUCUUGUCCGAGUCCAGCAUGUUUGUCUGGCCUCACAAGUUGAUUCUCAAGACUUGUGGCACCACCACCUUGCUGUCUGGCUUGCCCCGCAUUCUCGAGAUCGCCACUCUGUUUGGCGGCUUCCCGCGCGCUGCGGCGCCCUCGCGUGGCAUUUCCGUUGCUGCGGCGCCUUACCGCGUUUUCUACAGUCGCAAGAACUUCCUGUUCCCGGAUCGCCAGCGCGGUCCUCAUCGUAGCUGGAGAGACGAGGUUCGGACCAUGGAUCGACUGUUCCUGAACGGUAGUGCCUACAUGAUCGGCAAGAUGAACGGCGAGCACUGGUAUUUGUACCUGACUGAGCCUAACACCAUGCUCACCCCUCCUGCGAGUCCCAAGGCGGAUGACGAGGAGAUGACUGAGACCAAGAUUCUCAGUGUGCCCAGCCAUGCUGUCAUCCCGGGAGCUGAUGCUAUGGAUGAGACUCUUGAGGUGCUGAUGACCGACCUGGAGGAGGAGAACGCGAAGCAGUUCUACCUGGACCAUGCUACUGCAGUGGCAGAGAAGCGGUACCGCAACUUUGAAACCGACAAUGAUGACCCAGUGGAUGUCUUCAGCAACAACUCCGACGGGAGCCGCAUCCUGCCUGCGGAGCUGACCACCGAGGGUCACGCCUUGGGUACUGUGGUGUCGGAGUCGUGCGGCCUGUCUGAUGUUUACCCGAUGUCCAAAUUCCCGGAGUCCCGCAUUGACGCCUACUUGUUCACUCCGUGCGGAUUCUCGGCCAACGGUGUAAUCCCAUCGCCCGACCAGACCACUGGCACUCACUACUUCACGGUGCACGUUACGCCUGAGCCGCAGUGCUCGUAUGCGUCGUUCGAGACCAACGUGCCUCACUCGCAGAAUGGCCAGACCACUGCUGGGAUCAUCCAACAGGUGGUGAACAUCUUCAAGCCGGGCCGGUUCACUGUGACCCUGUUCGAGGCCAAGCCCGAGUUGCCCGUGGUUGAGGGCGAGUGGGACAGCAUCAAGGAGGCCAAGUACUUUGAGCGACAGCUGCUGCGCCGAACCUCCAAGAUGGAGCAUGUGGAGGGAUACCGGCGGGUGGACCGGAUUGUGCAUGACCUGGACGGAUACGACCUGGUGUUCCGCUACUACGAACGUCUUGACUGGAAAGGGGGGGCCCCCAGGCUCGGAGAAGAGCGCGUCUGAGAGCGAACCCAGGUGUCCGUGUAGGUCAUGAGGGAUGAAAUUGGUGGUGGAACCGGGAGAUUGUGUUCUUGCUUUGAUGUGCAUUCCGACCUACCAUGAGUUGAUUUUGUGUCGCUAAUCUGUGCUUGCCUGUGCUUCUAGCGAUUUGAGUUUCGUUGCGUUCCCAGCAUCAAAUUCAUCGAGUUCUCUAUAUCUAUUGAGCGCGGUGGUGUGCCGCCUGUGCGUUAGGCCUUGAGUUUCCCCUCGCCAAUUUGAACAUGAUGAUUACCUAUACUUUGAUU